CUCGAAUAUAUAGGCUCUUUGAAUUCAUCUCUUUGACGAAAAAUCAAUCUCUUGUGCCUUUCAACCUUGCCAAACACUUGUCGCAACUCAAUCGCAACCAUGUUCGGUCAAGCUGCUCUUCUGGCCCUAGCCCUUCUUCCCUUCUCUCUUGGUCAGAUUUCCGAUGGGUUUGAGAACGGGUGGGAUCAAACUACGUGGCCCAUUUAUGCGGCCGACUGCAACCAGGGCGGUAAAGUAACCCUUGACAGCUCGACUGCACAUGGCGGCAAGAACUCCAUCAGAGUCGAUGGUGCUGGUGGCUACUGUGGACACAUUUUCUUCGGCACGACGAAGGUUCCCAGUGGCGAUGUCUACGUCAGGACCUGGCUCAAAGCCUCCAAGGCUCUGACCGAUUCUCACGUCUCUUUCAUCACGAUGCCUGACUCCGCACAAGGUACCAAUAAGCACCUCCGCAUUGGUGGCCAGAGCAAGAUUCUCAUGUACAACCGCGAGACCGACGACGCCACUCUUCCCGACCUGUCUCCCCAGGGCAUCGCCACCUCCGCCGCCCUUCCGACUGGUACCUGGCAAUGCUUCGAAUACCACCUGGGCACCGAUGGCAGCGUCGAGACCUGGCUGAACGGCAACGCGGUGGCCGGCCUGACCGUCAAGCCGGGCGUCACCAACAACAACGCCGCGCAGUGGCAGAGAAGCACCAUCAAGCCCAAAGUCACCGGUGUUUAUUUCGGCUGGGAGUCGUACGGUGGGGACACAAAUACCUUCUGGUACGACGACGUCGCCAUUGGCUCAGCCCGUGUCGGAUGCGCCAACGCGACCGCUUAA